ACUGAAUUUAAGACAAAUUAAAGGCUAAGGCGUCGUUAGUGAUUCAUCAAUGUUCAAGCAACUAGGCCUUCCUUCAUCUAGUGUAAUUGCUAUCUUUUGAUACUUGAUAUUAUCAUGACAGGAAUGCCAGCUCCGCUAGAGAUAAGGCAUACCCUACUCAUUGAAACUCCUAUUCAGCCAAAUAGUUUAACCCCAUUGUGAGCAACAACUUGUCUUGGAAUCGGAGAAAGAGUGAAAGUGGUUCGAUCAAGAUGAGACUCACACUACCUGGGACGACAGUUCUGGCGACCAGCAUUGUCCUAAUUUGUUUGUGCCACUCAGUCGUUUUGGCGCAAGAGGGACCAGGGUUGAGUGAAACCCCUCAAACUCGUGCCGCUGUGGAGGAGAACACAGGGGACACAAAUAAUUCGAGCACAAUUGCUCCAAGCAAUGAGACUUCAGGUUCAAGUCAGAUGAGUUCGGAGGCAACUACCAUCCUCCCCACCACAUUAACGCCGAACACCACGGGUAAUGACACAUCUAGCACGAACGAAACGUUAACUGAGUCCCCUCCCAUCGAACUCACCACGCCCAUUCCUUCGAUCGAAACGGACGCCCAUGCUCUCCAAGUAGUUGGUAACAAUGAGACGGAGGAGGCUGAGGCGAAUGAUUUCAGUCUGAAGGUGAAUGGGACCAUCAAUGGAACUAGACUAGAAGAAGAGGAUGAUGAUUGGUCGUUAAAUGGGACGGAAUUUGGCUCCGGGAAUUUUAGCACUGAGGACGAAGGGCAUUUGGUUGAGCACAUUCUCUCGGUGGGUGAUGGGUCCAAUGAGAUUUUGGAUAAUUCGAAUGCAUCAAACGAUUCCGCGUCUUCCACACCUGUUAACGAUAAUCUCAUACAGGAGCCUCCUCCAUCGAUUGAUUAUCAGACCCAAAUCUACAUCGUAUCAGGGACUUUGGGCGGGAUCCUGCUCCUUCUAAUCAUCUUGGUUCUGGCCUUGGCUCUAUCAGUUGCCAAAUUGAAGGACCAACUAGAAAAGCGACAAAAGAGCUAUCUAGUCGAUGAUAAUAAUAUCAACCACAACCCAGAUGCAGCAGGAUUGGGUCGAGAUCAAAUCCAUGCCUACGACAACUCAGCCUUUACAGGCGUAGGCGACGCUACAGAAAUGCAAGAAAGGAGUGUCGAUGCAAAAAUGGAAAUCGCUCGACGAGGUUACACAGUCUACAAUGGAAACUCUCAUGAAAACAGUUAUGCAGAUCCGGCCGACCUGCGGUUCGAGCACGAGAAUCGCCUGGAGAUGAAAGUGCCUGCCAAGAACCCCGCGGAAUCCAGUCAUGACGAAUGCGAUGAGGCUUCGGAUCCUCAUGCAGAUUUGUCAUCCCGCGAACAACGUUGGCUUUCUCGUGCACAAGCCGCACACAACAUGUCCACUCGGAGAAACAAGCACUCCUCACUUCUUUGUUGCAUGGCACUCAAAUCGCUUGAUAGAAGAAUCACUCCCUGAUCAGCAAGUAGCUUCUAGUUUCAAAAAAUAUUAAUGGUCGUUUGCGAGUGACAACAAAGAUUGACGCGACAAUGAAAGGGAAUUCUGAACUACUGAAAUACGGGAAAGUGAAGUUUGAAUGGGUAUUAAAAGGUGUAAAAUCUAGAUUUGGUCUUAUUCGGGGUAAAUGUUUGAUUUUAUUAUGUAGGUGUGAAACA